ACAAACCAAAGCAGUCAGACAGGAUGGAGAAGCAAGCGACUCUGAAAGAAAAGUUUUCAAUCUUCGGCUCUCGGACAGUGGGCAGACCUAUCCGAUGUGUUCCUGGAGACGAUGGGACCAGGUAUGGUCUCAGCAAAGCAGAGUUCAUGGAGAAAGUGCAGCAGAGCAACGAGGCUUGUCAGCGCGGUGACUUCCAGGCGGCCGUUCAUUUGUACAGUGAUGCCUUGCAAGCCGACCCACAGAACUGCAUCCUGUAUAGUAACCGUUCAGCAGCCCUUCUCAAACUGGGACAUCACCAAGCGGCUCUGGAUGAUGCUGAAAAAGCUUGUGAGCUUAAUCCCAAAUGGCCCAAGGCAUACUUCCGACAGGGUGUUGCCCUUCAGUACCUUGGUCGCCAUGCCGACGCACUGGCCGCCUUCGCCUCCGGGCUGGCCCAAGACCCCAAGAGCCUACAGCUACUGGUGGGCAUGGUAGAAGCCGCCAUGAAAUCACCACUACGAGAGUCUCUCGAGCCCACCUAUCAGCAGCUGCAAAAGAUGAAGCUGGACAAAAGUCCCUUUGUGGUGGUGUCUGUGAUUGGCCAGGAGCUGCUGACAGCAGGCCACCACACGGCCUCUGUUGUGGUGCUGGAAGCCGCUUUGAAGAUCGGCACGUGCAGCCUCAAGCUCCGCGGCUCCGUCUUCUCGGCCCUCAGCAGCGCCCACUGGUCUCUGGGCAACACCGAGAAGAGCACCGGCUACAUGCAGCAAGACUUAGAGGUGGCGAAGACCUUAGGUGACCAAACAGGGGAAUGCCGUGCUCAUGGGAAUCUGGGCUCGGCAUUCUUCUCCAAGGGAAACUAUCGUGAAGCGCUGACCAACCAUCGCAACCAGCUGGUUCUGGCCAUGAAGCUAAAGGACAGAGAGGCUGCUUCAAUGGCACUGAGCAGCUUGGGCCAUGUAUAUACAGCCAUAGGGGACUAUCCAAACGCCCUAGCCAGCCACAAGCAGUGCGUCCUGCUGGCCAAGCAGUCCAAGGAUCAGCUGUCUGAGGCUCGCGAGCUGGGAAACAUGGGGGCCGUCUACAUCGCCAUGGGAGACUUUGACAAUGCUGUCCAGUGCCAUGAGCAGCACCUAGGAAUUGCCAAGGCCCUGGAAAAUAAACGAGAAGAAGCUCGGGCCUAUAGUAACCUGGGCAGUGCCUACCACUACCACCGUAACUUUGACAAGGCCAUGUCCUACCACACUCACGUUCUGGAGCUUGCCCAAGAGUUGGAGGAAAAGUCCAUCGAGAUGAGAGCCUACGCAGGACUGGGUCAUGCUGCCCGCUGCAUGCAGGACUUGGAGAGGGCCAAGCAGUACCAUGAACAGCAGCUGUCUAUAGCUGAGGGUUUGAAGGACAGGGCCGCAGAGGGAAGGGCCUCCUCCAAUCUGGGCAUCAUUCACCAGAUGAAGGGGGACUAUGAGACUGCACUGAAACUCCACAAAACACACCUGGCCAUUGCUCAGGAGCUGAAUGAUUACGCUGCUCAGGGCCGGGCCUAUGGUAACAUGGGUAACGCCUACAAUGCCCUGGGAGCCUUUGACCAGGCUGUUCGCUACCACCGCCAGGAGCUGCAGAUCUCCAUGGAGGUCAAUGACCGGGCCUCGCAGGCUUCCACCCAUGGCAACCUGGCUGUGGCUUACCAAGCCCUCGGAGCCCAUGACCGCGCUCUGCAGCAUUACCAGAACCACCUCAACAUAGCUCGUGAGCUCAGAGACGUCCAGAGCGAGGCGCGGGCUCUGGGCAACCUCGGCAACUUCCACUGCUCUCGAGGAGAGUUCCCUCAGGCCGUGCCCUACUACGAGCAGUACCUCCGGCUGUCCCCUGACCUCCAAGACAUGGAGAGUGAAGGGAAAGUUUGUCACAAUCUGGGUUAUGCCCACUACUGUCUGGGCAACUAUCAGGAUGCUGUCAAAUACUAUGAGCAGGACCUAGCUCUGGCCAAGGACCUUCAUGACAAACUGAGUCAGGCCAAGGCAUACUGUAACCUUGGUUUGGCAUUCAAGGCCCUAGGAGACUUCACUAAGGCAGAGGAGUGUCAGAAAUACCUGCUGUCACUGGCCCAGUCUCUGAACAAUGCACAGGCUCGCUUCAGAGCUCUGGGGAACCUGGGAGACAUAUUUGUCUGUAAAAAAGACGUGGCCGGAGCCAUUCAGUUUUAUGAGCAGCAACUGGCCUUAGCUCACCAGGUUAAGGAGCGUAGGAUGGAGGCCUGUGCCUACGCUGCCCUCGGGGCCACUUACAGACUUGUGCAGAAAUAUGACAAAGCUCUGGGCUACCACACCCAGGAGCUGGAGGUGUACCAAGAGCUGGGCGACGUGUCGGGAGAGUGCAAAGCCCAUGGUCACCUGGCAGCUGUCUACAUGGCCCUGGGGAAGUACGCCAUGGCCUUCAAGAGCUACGAAGAGCAGUUGGAGCUAGGUCGAAGGCUGAAAGAUCCCGUCGUGGAGGCUCAGGUGUACGGAAACAUGGGCAUCACUAAAAUGAAUGUAGGGGUGAUGGAGGAAGCUAUUGGCUACUUGGAGCAGCAGCUGGCCACUUUGCAGCAGCUGAGUGGCAACGAGGCGGUAAUGGACAGGGGCAGGGCCUAUGGAAACUUGGGAGACUGUUACGAGGCUCUGGGAGACUUUGAGGAAGCCAUCAAGUACUAUGACCAGUAUCUGUCAGUGGCCCAGAGCCUGAACCGCAUGCAGGACCAGGAGAAGGCCUACAGAGGUUUAGGCAAUGGACACCGGGCCAUGGGAAACCUACAGCAGUCACUGGUGUGUUUUGAAAAGCGACUAGUAGUGGCUCAUGAGCUAGGGGAGUGUGGCGGCAAGGCUCAGGCCUACGGCGAACUGGGUGCUCUCCACAGUCAACUGGGCAAUUACGAGCAGGCUAUCUCCUGUCUGGAGCGUCAGCUGGCCAUUGCCCGUGACACCCAGGACAGACUACUGGAGGGCGAUGCCAGCUGCGGUUUGGGCGCUGUAUAUCAAGCUAUGGGAGAGUAUGAGACAGCCCUGCGAUGCCACCAAAGUGACCUGGAGAUUGCAGAGGAGGCAGGCAGCCCAACACGCCAGGCGCGCGCCUACGGCAACUUGGGCCUUACCUAUGAGUCGCUAGGAAACUACGAGCGGGCGGUCGUGUUCCAAGAACAGCACCUAAGUGUGGCGGCUCAGACUAAUGACUUGGCUGCCAAGACGCUGGCCUAUGGUAGCCUGGGGAGAACACACCACGCACUGCAAAACUACUCACAGGCUGUCAUGUACCUGCAGGAAGGCCUGCGGCUUGCAGAGCAGCUGGCACGGCGUGAGGACGAGGCGAAGAUCCGCCAUCGUCUGGGGCUCUCUCUAUGGGCCAGCGGGAAUCUGGAGGAAGCCCAACAUCAGCUCUACCGGGCAUCUGCACUGUUUGAGACCAUCCGCCACGAAGCCCAGCACAGCACAGACUAUAAACUUUCCCUGUUUGACCUGCAAACCUCCUGCUACCAGGCACUCCAAAGGGUCCUUGUCAGCCUAGGCCACCACGAUGAGGCCCUGGCAGUGGCAGAGCGGGGUCGUACACGAGCCUUCGCUGACCUCUUGGUGGAGAGGCAGACGGGCCAGCAGGACUCAGACCCCUACACCCCAGUAACGGUGGAGCACAUCCUGGACACCGUCAACAGCCAGAGGGCCUUGGUGCUGUAUUUCUCCAUGGCUGCUGGUUACCUGUACAGCUGGCUGCUGGCUCCAGGAGCAGGUAUCCUGAAGUUUCAUGAGGUGUACCUGGGCGAGGGCGUAUCAGAAGGAGUGUCAGACUUCCAGGAGGCAGGCGGCAGCGGAGUGGUCAGCGGCUCGUCGUUGGAGCAGCACAUUGCCAGCGCCCGGGAGGCCCUCGGAGUUGAGUCUUAUUACAGCCGCGGGUGUUCGAGCAGUGAGACGGAGAGUGAGGCUGGAGAUUUGUUGGACCAACAAUUUGAGGAGCUCAACAACAAGCUUAACUCUGUCACUGAUCCAACAGGCUUCCUGCGCAUGGUGUCCAGAAACAACUUGUUCAACAGGAGUUGCCAGAGUAUGACCAGCCUGUUCAGUAACACCAUGUCUCCUGCCAAAGAUGGGAACUCCUCCCUGACUCGCCGCUCCAGCAACCUCGGCAAGCCUCCACUCCGGGCACUUUAUGAUUUGCUCAUCGCACCUAUGGAGGGGGGCUUGAUGCACUCCAGCGGGCCUGUUGGCAGACACAGACAACUGGUAAUGGUGCUGGAGGGAGAACUGUACCUCAUUCCAUUCGCUCUGCUAAAAGGAAGCUCAUCUAAUGAAUACCUGUAUGAGCGCUUCAGCCUCAUCGCUGUUCCCUCCAUCAAUGGCCUUGGAUCAAGUGCAAAGGCUCACUGUCGGCGCCCGGGACCAGCUCCUUGCGGUGGUGUCUCAAUGGCAGCGGUGGUGGGGAACCCUCGACUGCCCUCACCUGUGAUGGACCGCUGGCUGUGGGGACCCAUGCCCUCUGCAGAGGAGGAGGCUCUGAUGGUGGCUGAACUGCUGGGAUGCCAACCACUGGCUGGCUGUUCUGCUACCAAGGAGAGGGUGAUGAGUGCCCUCACACAAGCUGAGUGUGCCCACUUUGCCACCCACAUUUCCUGGAAAUUGGCAGCUCUGGUGCUCACCCCAAACCCCGAGGGCGUGCCUGGAGGGGCAAGUGCCAGCGUGGGAGUGGGAACAGUGGGCAGAGGUGCAGGGGGGAGGAGAGGCAGCAGCGGUCGAGGCAGGAAGGGCUCCAUUGGAAGCGGCUACACCAUCCCAGAGUCUCUCCACAUGCAGGAUGACAGCAGCGAUGUGGAGAGUAUCUGUGACAGUCCACCCCUCCAGGAGUUCCUCCUCACAGCUGCAGAUAUUUUGGACCUGAGGUUGCCUGUCAAACUGGUUGUGCUGGGUUCAUACCAGGAGUCCAGCAGUAAGGUCACAGCAGAUGGUGUCGUGGGAUUGACCAGGGCCUUCCUGGCUGCCGGGGCUCAAUGUGUUCUCGUGUCCUUGUGGCCCGUCCCUGUCGCCGCCUCCAAAGUCUUUGUCCAUGCCUUCUACACUGCCCUGCUGAAUGGGACCAAGGCUAGUGCGGCACUGGCAGAUGCCAUGAAGACUGUUCAGAGCAGCAAGCAGUACUCACACCCCUCCAACUGGGCAGGAUAUAUGCUGAUUGGCAACGACGUGAAGCUUAACAGCCCAUCUUCCCUCAUCGGCCAAGCCUUGGCAGAGAUUCUGCAGUAUCCAGAUCGAGUGCGUGAUGCUCUGAGAGUUCUACUCCACCUGGUGGAGAAGUCUCUUCAGAGGAUACAGAACGGCCAGCGUAACUCCAUGUAUACAUCCCAGCAGAGUGUGGAGAACAAGGUGGGGGGCGUCCCUGGCUGGCAGGCCCUGCUGACAGCUGUGGGCUUCCGUCUCGAUUCUGCAGGCACCGGUAUCCCUGCUGCUGUCUUCUUUCCCACUGCUGACCCAGGAGACAGGCUUCAGCAGUGCAGCACCACUUUACAAUCACUGCUGGGUCUGCCGCCGCCAGCUCUCCAGGCUUUGUGCAAACUCAUCACAGCUUCAGAGGCAGGAGAGCAGCUCAUCAACCGACUCCACCAGGUGCUAGUCCAACUCCAGACAGGAGAGAAAGAACAGGAUUUCUCCCUCUUGCCCAUUCAGGUGUCCAUCAGUGUGCAGCUAUGGAGACUGCCAGGAUGCCAUGAAUUUCUGGCCGCUCUUGGAUUUGACUUAUGUGAGGUAGGCCAAGAAGAGGUGGUGCUGAAGACAGGCAAGCUAGCCAACCGCCGCACCUUGCACUUUGCUCUCCAGUCUCUGCUGGCGCUGUUUGACUCCACAGAACUGCCCAAGCGUCUGAGCCUGGACAGCUCAUCUUCCCUCGAGUCUCUAGCUUCUGCCCAGUCUGUGUCCAACCCCCUGCCCAUGGGAUAUUCAAGUCUUCCCUUCUCUCCUCCUUGCCUGGACAAUCAGGCAUCAGAUGCCAUCUCUGUCUAUAGCCUCAGCUCUGUAGCCUCCUCCAUGAGCUUUGCCUCCAAAUCAGACUGUGACUUCCUUGGUCGACGCACUGGGGCCACAGCACACUACUCUGUCCACAAACACCCUCAUGUUCCCCGUAGUCGUUCCUCACCUCAUGGGGCAGCUGCUGCAGUGGCAGGAGCCCGGGGGGACGAGGAGGAAUAUGAGGGUUUUUCCAUUAUCAGCAGCGAGCCGCUAGGAAGUCACUGUGACUCCCUGCCUCUGCCGCCAGGCCACAGCCAGCGCCAUCACCGUGGCGGCAGGGGGGUUGUCGGCGGGUCUAGCACAGGAGCAGGGAGAGGCUACACUGUAUCAGUAUCAUCGAGGGGCAGUGUCAGCACCCCCACAUCUCCUGUCAAAACAUGCCUGGUGCCCAGCCCAAACUCACCAUUCCAGAAGGUGGGUAAGGUGAGCAGUUCAGAUACAGGUGAAUCUGACCAGUCUAGUACAGAGACCGACAGUACUGUCAAGUCUCAGGAAGAAAAAACUGUCCCUCUGGAUCCUCAGGAGCUGGCCCAGAAGAUUCUGGAGGAGACUCAGAGCCAUCUACGGGCUGUGGGUAGUCUUCAGCGAGCGGGGGCAGAGGGUGGGACAGCUGGAGGAACUUCAGCUCGGAGCAGCGCCUUCCGCUCUUCUGAAACUAGCGCUUUCAGCCGUCCUAACAGCAGUGCUAGUGGCCGAGCUCAGUCUUCCCCAAGACCCAAACCUCCCUCACGUUCCUCCUCACUGCAGAAGAUAAGCUCUGGCUACAAUAGUCCUGCAGUCUCUGAGUCUUCCCAAAAGGAAGGCAGCCAUCCUUCACCCACUCUGGACAGCCAUGCACAGUUCAAAUUGAAGUACCCAAGCUCCCCAUAUAGCGGCCACAUCUCUCGUUCCCCAAGUAAUGUGUCUCCCAGUUCUGGUCACCAGUCCCCGGCUGGUAGUGCUCCAUCCCCUGCCCUCUCCUACUCCUCUACCGGCUCUGCCUGCUCUACAUCAGCUGAUGCUCCAGACUUGGACCGACUAAGAAGAGGGGUCAUUGAUGAAAAAGUCCAAGCGAUCCACAAUCUGAAGACCUUUUGGGCUAAUGCUGCAGCUCAGCAGCAGCAGCAACAUCUAGGUCCUGUCAAAGCAGUCCACAGUGCUCCUGGACCCCUCGCUUCUGCCAGUAGGGAUGUACUGAGCCUUCUGAACCUCUCCCCACGCCAUUGCUCCCCUCAUGAUACCCAAGACAGCCUGGAGCUGCGGGAGCUGGGGCUGCAGUCACUGGACAGGGGCAGCAAGAACUCUUCCAAUGGACACCACUGCUCCAACACCAGAAAAGUGGCCCCGUCACCUACUAUUUCCACAAGCAGUAGCCCUGGUGCUCGUUCUAUCCGACUACCUGCUGGCAAUGGAUACAAGUUCCUGUCGCCUGGAAGAUUUUUCCCUUCCUCUAAAUGCUGAGACAUUUCAAACGGUCCUAUACUUUUACCUGUCAUUUACUAUCCUGUGUGCUGGAGGAGUAGGGCACUUUUUGAAGACCACUAUUGGUCCACCAAGUUUGACUGACAGUGAGAAGAUUUGAUUGGUCAGUGAGUGUGAUCCUGCAGAGGCACAUGAAUGCUUUAGAGGAUGUCUUGUCUUUGUGCCCAUAACACUGUAAAUGGCAAUGAGAAAUACUCAACGACCUGAUACUGUGUUUGUGUGUAACUGUGUGUCAGGUAGAUGUAAAUGCCAUUUGGUAUUUUUCCCCCAAAACUUUGCUGUUUGUGUGGGCCAAGAUGCAACAGCUAUGACUGAUUUUCUCUAAAGUUAAUGGUUAUUGUUAUUAUUGUUUGUUAUUGUUAUUAAUAUUAUAAUAAUUAUUAUUAUGUUUUGUAAAUUAAUUCCAGUGUUUCACAAUCAGUAUUAAGCGUUUUUAUAUUAUUAAAAAGUGAACAAACCUGUACCAUGUAAAGAUGGAUAGAGUGGGAAAAAAAAGAUUUAAUAUUUUUUAUUGAAAUCAAAAGGGCAUUUUGCCUGAUUUCUUUGUGAAUUGACUGUCUCCUCUGAAGCAUGGAUUCUCUUGCUAUUCAAUGUUAAGUACCAUGUAUGACUUUUUAGCCCAUGAUUUUUUGAGAUUAAACAUGAAAGUUUCAUGACAACCAUCUGUCAUUUAUCAGUAAACAGUUUCAAUAA